UCACGUGACUAAACGCGGUGGAGCAUGCAGCCGACAACAUUCCGCAUUCCAAGAAAGACUCGGCAAUCAAGAUUCGUACCAACCCUCUUGAACAACACAACUGCCACGAAGAGGUCUGACUAGGAGGCCUACCGCCUCCUACACAUGAGCAGACGCGAUAAAUCCCUUGUUGGAUCAAGACAGAAUGACCGCGUUUCGCAUCUCAUCCCGCUCCUUUUUUUGGGCAGACACAAGAACGGUGCAGUUUUUACGCGGGCAAAAGUGCGCGGCGGACGCCCAUUGGCCACCGCCCUGCAGCCUCGAAGCGCCCGAUCCUCCCUGUCUCAGGACGCCACCACCUAUGGUUCUGAUGCCGUCCCCAGUGUGCAUGCCCCCCUUACAGUCACUGGCUGACCGAGCCGAAGGCACCCACCCACCACCAACAUCCAUCACCAAAAUACCUCCCCGUCCCCACCCGUCCUGCGACCCCAAGACAGGGCCAGGCACCAAGAUGGAUCGCCCCGUUGGACGGGACAGGCUAGGAUGAAAUGGGAGGGGCUGCGGUGCUGCCGUCUGCUGCUACUCUGCACUGCUGGUUCUGCUAGCACUGGGCGACGAGGUGCAAAGGCAGCCCAGGCGAGGCUCCCGGACGGGGGGUCUCAGGGACCGCGAAGGAACCACAAAGGAACCGCACAGGAACAGCACAUGCACCCCCCUGGCCACUCGCGGCAAACCCGGCCCUCCCAUUGGCCCCCGCCGGGCAUGCGGGCUGCCAACUGCCGCGCUACCGACGCGGGCGCCCGCCAUUAGGGAUUUGCCGCGCCGUGAGCUGUGCGGUGUCUACCCCUUGGGCUCCCAGAGCUCUGGGCCGGCUCCACGACCCAUUUGUUGUUUUUAUCGAGCACGUCGGGUCCCGUAAAGCUGGCCAUCCAACGGCCUAGAAGGUCGCUGCAAGGGCGUCAAGGCGCAUCGGAUCUGUCUAUAUGUGGCACAACGCCGGCCGCCCCUCGACGACUACAUCUUCCCCCGUGCCACCACAUUGCCUCCUCGCAGAGUGCAAGAAGCCCAGUCCCAAACUAAUACAGCAAGAGGCCUGGUCUGCCUCUUGAUCAGCAUCGCUUUCUUUUUCCCGCUCUGACCACUUCUUUUACCUUGUGCUUCGUUUGGCGCCAGGUCUUUUUUACUCCUCAUAUUUUCCAUGUCUUUGCUAUUAUAAUCAGAUACCCUUUCGCCAUGUUUUCCCACGAUUUUUCAGUACUCGUUUGCUUAUAUCUACUAUUGGUGCCAGUAACUGGCCUUGGAGGCCGCGGCAACCCGACUAAAGAGGAGGGAUUCUCACCACGAGACACGCCGCUGAGGAGGGCCCUGGCCCGGUCAAGGAUAGCCCCGCGGCAGGCCGGCUCUGGCAGUUGCCUCGCCUCAGAAGAUACGCCAUGCUCGCGCGGCUACCCGACCACGUUCUGCUGCCAAAAGGACGAGACGUGCAUGUCCCUCGCCGGCCACACGACGGCCCUGUGCUGCCCGAAGGGCUCCAACUGCGAGGUGCUCUCCCCGAUAUCGUGCAGCAUCUCGCAGCAGGACGUCAAGACCUUCCCGUACGCCUCCGUCGUCACCACCGAGCUCGACACGCCGCUGCCGCGCUGCGCCGAGGGGUGCUGCCCGUUUGGAUACACAUGCGACCCGGACAGGGCGUCCUUUUGCGUCCGGAACGAGGACCAGAGCAGGUUCUUGGCCCCUGCCAAAUCGUCUUCGACCCUUAAACCAACCCCGUUGCCGGGAGUCUUUGUUCAACCCACCACCACCGUCGCGAACUCAUUGCCGGGUGUUUCUGUUAUCCAACCCACCACCCUUGCGACCCUGGCCACCGGCUCUUCCAGCUCCAGUGCCAGUAGCACCAGCACUAGCGAACCUACAGCCGCCCCAGCCGAGACAGCCGCUGCAGCAAACGGCACCGCGGCGGCCACUGGACCCUCAUCAGCGCCCUCGGCGCGGUCCGUCGCCGUCGCCGUCGGCUCGUCUCUCGGCGCCUUUGCCGUGCUCGUCGGGCUGCUAGCGGCCGCGUACAUCAAGCGCGGCAAGCUAUCCGCCAUGGCGUCCUCCGUCGCCGCCGCCCGCAGGAGCCGCAGCCGCAGCAUCUCCACCCGCGACAGCGGCGACGGCGACAGCAGCCCCCACAAUCACCACUACUUCAAAUUCGGCCGGGGCGGCGGCGGCGGCGGCGACCAGCACUCCCCGCCGCCCCCGCCCUACCCGCACGCCGACCAGCAGCCGCUGCACCUGAGCCUGGACCAGUGCAAGCGCAUCCCGCGCCGCAAGACGGUGCCAAGCCAGCGCCGGCCCGAGAUGGCCGCCGCCGAGCCCGUCGAGCUGCCCGCCAGCCCCGUGCCCUGGGGCCCCCGCGCCGCCGCUGCUGCCCGCUCUUCCCGCGGCAGCCAGGC